AUGGUGGACCAAUUAUUACCAAUACUUUUUGCUGUGAUGGAAGAAGCUGACUUUGAAGAAAAAUAUGAUGAUAAUAAUAUGGAAAGUUUUUUUGCCACAGCUAUUGCUAUGUAGGUUUUUUUUGUUGCAUUUGAAGGAAACUAAAUUGAGUUUUUAUUGCUAUAAGGAAUAAACAAUUACCACUAUAGUCAAUAUAUUUGUUUAUAUUAUAGGCCAAAUUUUUUCGCAAAAAGAUAAACAAACUAUUGGUAUAAAAAAUAAACAUGUAUAAUUCUUUAAGAUAUGACUGUGUCUGAUUUAUCAGUAAUUGUUUUGUCAUGACACUUCUCUUUAUUUUAAACAAGGGUUCGAGAAGAUAGAACAAAAGUUGGCAAUUAUGCAGACUUGACGAUACCCAGUUAUCUUAUAGACGAUUUUCAGAGAUUUUUCAGGAUUUCAAGAGGGACAUUUGAAGUUAUUCUCAGAAAUAUAGCUGUUUAUCUUACACCUGAUAUUGGAAGAGCUGCUAUAACUCCUGAAAAACACUUAUUAAUUACUAUUUGGUUUAUAUCACACCAGGAUACAAUUCACAGAAUGAGCGAUAGAUUCAGUGUUACAGAUUCAUCCAUUAUCAGAUGCAGAGACAGAGUUUUCACUGUUGUUUUGAGAUACUUAAAAACAAAAUUUAUCUACUUACCCAAAGAUUAUAAUGUAAAAGUCCAAAUAAUGGAUGAGUAUAGGAUUGGGUCUCAGUUCCCAAAUGUGUUAGGAGCUAUUGAUGGUACUCACAUACGCAUUGUCGCACCCAGUGAACAUUCUCAAGUAUAUGUAAACAGGAAAAAAUUCCAUUUGCUGGUGUUGCAAGGAAUUCGUGCCAGUAACAUGCAAUUCUUGCAUGUUCUAGCAAGUUUCCAUAAUAUAUGCAUCAUUAAUGAUGAUGUAUUAGAACAAUACAUUAGAGAAAACCAAGAAGAAGCUCACCGACACAAUAACCUGGCCAAUGAAGAUGAUGAAAAUGGCAUGGAAAAACGAGACUGUAUUGCUGAUGGAUUUAUUUAA